UGUGCAAGUUCGUGCAAGGCAGAGUGCAAAGGCUGAAAUUCUGAAACUCCACCCAAAAUUUCAUGUGCAAAAUUUUUUUUUUUUUUUUUAAAGGAGGAACGAUACGUUAUUACGUUUGGGUUUCCCAGAGAACUGAGCAGGGCUAAUCAUGGAAAGAGGAUUGGAGGGUUCCAGUGGCUCAGCAGCUGCCAUCGACUCGUCUAACAUUGGUUUUCGGCUUCUGAAGAAACAUGGUUGGAAAGAAGGAACUGGUCUUGGGAUUUCUGAGCAGGGUAGGUUGGAACCUGUAGAAGCUCAUUUGAAGAAUAACAAGCGGGGUUUGGGAGCUGACAAAGUAAAGAAGAAGGCCCUGAAGCCUCUUGAUACUAAAACCACUACCAUCCCUGAUGGGAAAAGUGAACAGAAAAUUUAUCAAAAAAGGCUGCAAUUGGGUUUUGGCGCCGUUGUUGGUAGACGCGGACUUGUGACACAUUCAGGCCAUACCAAUAGAUCCAAUUAUUGUGAACAAGGUAUUUCAAAUUUGCCCAAUCCACUUUUAGGCAGUCACGUGGUUGAUUCUGUACCUUCCAUUCGCUGGCAUGAUGUUCGACUAUGGGUCUUCGUCACCUGGUCUGGGUGGUUGCUCGGCGAGGUUUGGCUUCCACCCCGAGGUUCACCUCCAACUCUCAUAGCCAUCACAGCUAGUUUUUCUUCGAACCCGUCAAGCCAUUGAUCUAUGUUUUCAAAUCUCCAUUUGAUAUCGACUGGUUGUUUCCCAUUGCCACCAUCCUUAGUAAUUAGUAAGUGAAAAUCCUUGCUCGGAUGCCAAUGUUGAUGCAACGAGAUUUGUGUUUGAAACAAACAUGUAAAAGGGAAAACACUCCAAGGAACUUUGUCUUAACCUUUGA